GAGAGCAAAGGGAGAAUCCGUCUCCGGCUGCUGCUGCGGCGGCGGCGGGCCGUCCUGGAAAACUGGUUUCCUCGACAUGACGCAAGGAGACGCUUCUCUCAUUGGUGCUUCCCCGAGUUCCUGACAUCACGCGGCGGAAGACGCGGCGGCCGCGCCUGCCGCGCGCCGGCGGUCCCCCGGCGGCAAAAGCAGUCUUGCCGCACGCACGCGGCGAGUGCAAUCACGGUAUAACUCGGCGGCAUAUAACCAUCAUGGGCGCCCGGUCGUUCACCAUUCGUCGAGCGUCGCUCGCCAGCAGCACUUGUCACGCCAAUAGCAAUGGCCAGCCAACACGAGCGCGUGGCGAGGGGAGUCGCAUGGACGGCGCUGCUUGUCUUGUGCACGUGCUUCGCCGUGGGACUGUGCCGGCCGCCCAAGAAGUACGGCAGUCGCGACUACCUGCGCGCCAGUCAGCACCUGCAGAUGGUGCAGCGAGACGCGCGGUGCAAGUUUCCCCAGCCGAGGACCAUCUGCGUGCCAGACAUCUACCCGAAUGAGAGCAAAAGGUACGUGCCCCACUGCACCGUGGUGCACCGGUGCGCCCCGGACACGGGCUGCUGCGCCACCGAGGACGAGCACUGUCAGCCCAAGAGCAUUCAGGUGGUGGAGCGCACUUUCCUGGUGCUCGAGCUCGACGCCAGCGGAGAGCAGCACACCAAGGUGGAGACGCUAGCCUUCGACAACCACACCGAGUGCGAAUGCCGGUCCAAGUACGACCCCAUCCGAUGACGUAACGCGAUUCCUAGAGAAACAGCGGAGCCUCACCCACGGGUCACGCUGUGCACUGGACUCGCCCGCCACUGUGCGAGGCCGCGCGCGCACCGCGCACCCCGCAUGGACAGGGCCCUGUGAUGGCUUCUUCGCACAGCUCGGCACGUGGGUGUCGCCGCUCAAUUGCUCGUUAUUUAUUACCAUGUGCUUCGUCCGUCAUCGCUGCACGCUAUUUAUUACCACCAUGGACCAUUCGCACCUGUUAUACAGACGGAAGCCGACGCGCUCCUAGUCACAUCAUCCGUUAUUUAUUUGUACAUAAAUAAAUAUACGUAUUUUUUUUUACA